CUUUCCUGCCGAGCAUCCGCAAAAUUCUCACAUGCCAAAAUUCGCCGUGUUUCCUGGACAAAACUCGCCUGACGACACCCGAAAUGGUCGAUUGGCUCUAAGUAGGUCGACAUCUUUGCCAUCAUUUGCGCCGUCCGCAUGCGAUAAUUAUGUUGUUGCGGAGAAGAUAAGUGGCUCACCACACAGACGCGAGGUUGUGCGUCUUCCUUGUGAUUCCGAAAGAAGACCUCUUCAAUGGCAUGGACAUAGUUUUAACCAGGUAAUAUUUAUAAGUAAAAUAGAUAAAAAAAAAAGAAACCGCGACCUGUAUGGACAUUUGCAAUGUCGGACGCGAAGCACAAACGAUCUAUAAAUUGUGAUAUAAAUAUUAAUAACCUAGGCCCGGGUCAAACGUUGAACUUUCCGUGCGCCGAACCUAAUAGUUGUAUUAAGUUGUACAGAAGUGCGACCGUUUGACUUGACGUAUCCUUGGGUUUCACUACGGCACUAUGCAGUAGUGAAUCUGACGGGGGUCAACCUCAAAUGUAUUGAUGCUUAUGCUGUACUGGAGUGAGAAAAUGAUCCGAAAUUCCAUGUAUUUGGCACCAAACACAAGGCUAAUACAUAAAACGAACAAUCGACUCACUCUGAUAACUGUGUUUUGUUUUGGAGUUGACCCGCCGUCACUUUUGUGACGUCAUAUGAAACCCAAGAAUACGGGAAAGAAUGUAAUCAAUCGUUUCUCUGGAAAAGUUUUUUUAAAGCGUUUAUCAGAGUAUGAAUGCCAUACUAACAGCCACCAACCAGUGUUUCUUUGCAGUCCUCUGCAUCUACGUAUCGAAACGUCGAAUUCAGGGAUUUUAAAGCCGUAGCCGCCAAUAAGCAUGCUUGAAGUAUCAAUCUUUUGCGCCGAAAGGCUAAUAUACCAUUCCCGCAUCUAAGAGUUUCCGACGUCUUUUACGCAGUCGCUCUUUAAUAUUUUUUCAACAGUUCUUUCAUAAGGCAACAUUUUGAAUUGUUUAUUUGUUUUUAAAAUUUUCCGCCAGUUCGCGCCGGCGAUUUAUAAAGUGAUACCUCAUGUAAAAUAAUAGUAUGAAUUGGGUACGACGCAGGGGCGUAGGAAUUAGCUUCUAGAAGUUGGGGGGCCAGACUUUGAGGGGCACUUUCCAAAUAAAAAAGGGCAUCUAAAAAUUUUUUCCCGGCAAAGUUGGCGACAGGAGGGAGGUCUCAAAAAAUUUUUCCGGACAUACCAAAAAAAUUUUACGGAUAUAUCACAUUUUUUCCUAAAUAUGAAAAAAAAUUUUCGGAUGUACCAAAAACUUUUCCGGAUACAGCAUAUUUUUAACGGAAUUCAAGUUUUCAAAAGUGUCCUUUGGGGAAAAAAGGCAAUCCUUAAGACAUUUUUCACGCAAGAAAAGGGAACUUUGCUCCCGAAAAAAGGGCACUUGGCAAAACUUGGGGGGGCCUGGCCCCCUGUGUCCUACGCCCCUGGUACGACGUACUAAGUUCGACUCGACGCCGCUCCAUCGUCGACAUAAUGUCGAAUCUAAUUGUAUUAGGUUGGGCGCAUGAAAAGUUCGACAUUUGACCCAGGCCUUACUGAUUUAUAAAAUAGUAUUUUUGUAUAUCUUUGAUGGAUGUUGUCCUGCCUGUUCAUUAGUAUUUUAUCUUUGAUACGUAAAAUUAACAUUUUCGUCUAAUACUGCUAUUAAUUAUAUUACACACCUGCUGUCUGCAUGCUCCGGAGGGAAAUAGUAAAAUAGUUAGUUUUGAUUCGAGGAUAAACUACUUCCCAAGGGAACAGGCAUUAAUUAAGUGUUUCAUUAUACUGCGACGAAAGAAAAAUUAACAACGGCCAUUCAUACACAAUUAUUGUGUGUACUAUUUACAACAUGAGCGGCCGCAUUGUAUCGGAUAUUGCUUCAUGAAUUAUUGAUGAGUUUCACAAUUCAUGACAAAAAAAAUAUAUGAUGUAGUAUAAACGGGUUUAAAAUUAAAAGAACAUACUUAAGCUGUUUCAGUAUAUGCUGUUGGCUGUUGUGUAUUUUCCUUCCUUUUACAUUCUAUAUAUUUUAACACAAACUUAAAAAGUCGUAAUUUAUGAACUUGUGAGUUGUGCCGCCAUUUUGUUUAUUUAUGUACGUAGCCGGUCGGGGCGGCAACCUGAUUUUUCACUUGUUGCCCAGCAGGAUACAUUGCAUGCAUUUAUCUAAAGCCACGUGACCACAAAUCAGCCAUUUGCGCUUGUUGUCCACCCUAGCUAUUAACAAUGUUAUUCGUCACAUUGAUUUCAGUUGGUUAAAGGUCAUGGCAUGCAAAAGCAGCAAUUUUAUCCCACCCCACCGACAUCAGUUAAGCCCGAUUUUUGGGAUCGACCUCCAAUUCUGUCAGUCUCACAAAAGACUGCAGAAGCACAGCAAAAGAUAAUUGACGUGGUCAGUGGAGAUUCAGAGUACACUCGACAGUAUUCAGCAAAUGGAUCAAGGAAUCCUAAUCAGUCUGUCUUGGGCACACAUCCAGUCCAUGAAUGCCAGAAGAACGUAAGUUACAUAGUAUAAAACAACAAUAAUGAACGUCUUUGAUACGUACUGAUACGUGAUCGUUAAUUUGAGCUGAUACUCAUUCUUUACCAUGUGUACAUUUAUCAUUUAUAGACCUGAAGCCAGAGUCAGAAUCCCCCGAGCGGAGGAUCUAUAAAUUAUAAAUUAUAAAUUAUAAAUUGCCAAUUAUAGAUAUAAUUAUAGCCUAUAUGAUAAAGGCCUCCAAGUUGAAAAUAUAGAACUUGACUAUAAAAUGUUAUUGUUUUAUCUUUUUACUAACGCAAGUAUUUGCAACUUUUCUUUUACAUCACAUAUCGUUUGGAAUAUUGAUGAUAACAUUUUUCAAACUUUUUUCAAAAUUUUCGAAAAAAGUAGUUUAAUUAAAAACUGAAUUAUUCAUCAAGGCUUGUAUAUAUUUGCAGCGGCCAUCUUGUUUGCCUGAUCACCGCGCGUGUUUUACGCGAAUUAUGUCACCGACCCGGGUGACAUGAUCAAAUCGCCAUGUGAUAUAAUUCAAGUCACCCGCUUACGUCAAAUACGAUGACGUAAGGCGCGAUUCGAUGAUAAAUUUCAUGCUUACGUGACAUAAACUUAGCUUUCUGGUUGGACACUUUGAAUUUAAGGUAUAAUAUGUAAGCAAAAUGCAUGACUGGUUUCAAGUGCAACUGCAUGAUAUAAAGACGAUUGCGAUUUUGAAAAUCGCAAUCGUCUACCGCGAUUUUGAAAAUCGCAAACCUACGAUUAAUUAAAAUUGUAUUUUGCAGUUGCCAGCGACCAGCGGCCAAAUGCUUCUUGCCGUGCCCUAUACCACAACGUUUGCAAUCACAUUUGUCUUAAUUUCUUCGUAUUUUAAAACUUUGCUUUAAAAAUAUGAACUGAGAAAUUAAGACAAGAUGUGAUUGCUUUCUUCACGCGGGUGAAAAUAGCCGAGAGUCAAAUAUAGUACCCACGCUACGUGCGUUGUUCGGGAAUAUAUAUGUAUUCCUCACUAAGUUGGUUUGAUUUGGUUUAUUUAGAUGUCCCUUGAGGCAAAAAAAUCAUUAGACGGAAAGGAAGCGCAACCAUACGAUACAACGUAUGUCAAGGAUUAUUCCGCAGACGUAAAUACCAAUACCCCCACUUCCAUUUUGCGCACAGCAUCAACAAAGAAGAUAAAUGAAGCAAAACGUAACAGAAGUGUUAAAUUCAGUGAAAGUGUAACAAUUUCAAACGGUUACAAGACAUCCUCCAGUUUCGUGAACGACAUGGGGAAAGAUAACAACCAUCAACAUGCUUUCCAAAGUUUAAACAAACCUUGGACAACCAUUGCAGCCGAAACAGAAAGGCCAUUGACUGCACCUAGUAUUCAACGACAAUCCAUACUUGCGACCACACCACUUUUAUUCCCUGCCGCUCCCCUAACCCAGCUUUACACAAAUACGUUGCAGUACCGACCAAGUAGUACGGGAAAAUUCGGGACACUCAGAAAUGAUUUACGUCAUCUUCGGGGAAAUUAUAGCAAGUCAGCAACGCACAGAAAAUUCCACAGUGAGUUUCCAGAAAAUGCUCCAGACAUUCGUAGAGCGCCAGACAUGCGAAUCACAACCAAUGAACGACGUCACGUGAUUCCGGAAAUUGGUUGCCAUAGCUACUACUUUCAUGGAUGAAGUGUUUUCAAGGAGUACUUGAGGUGGUGCAUGUUGAUAUCUUGUUCUUCAAACUGAUUCAGCCAGAACUGUAGAGUGCUUACCAUUGUUGUUUUGCUACAAACAUUUAACGCAAAACGUGGUUUCUAAUACUGUUCAAGAUAGUUACUUAAUAACAACUAUUCGCCUCAUUGUUGGCAAAUAGUGCAAGGACAUAUUGACCGAGACACGAAGAGUCGAGGUGAUUAUUCUUGCAAUGUUUACAGAGACUGAUGUGAAUAAUCAUUUUAGUAUAUACUGCAAACAAAAAUAAUAAAUAAAUCACAUAUCCGCAUCCCCUCAUGGCUUUACAGUUGAUUUCACGAAACUUUGGCCGUGCCAGUUGCGAGGUUGGUUGGGAAUUUGGGAACUAUAAACAUAAGAUCACCAAGUUGAUUGGAAACCGGCCAAUCAAAUUCGGAAGUUUCGCAUCAAAUUAUCGGCGAAAUUCGUUAUGAAAUUCCGAACCAAGUUCGCAAGCAAGUUCGCAAAUUGCAAACGAUUUUGGCGGU